UGGUUUUUCGGCCGUAUCUAAAUAGAUGAAUUUUGCAAAACUACAAUGCUGAAAUUUUUGCAUCACAACAGUCACAUGAUCAACAGCUGAUUACUACUGUUGAAAACAACAAAGACAAUGACAGGAAGUGGCAGGAGGAGGAUGGUUUGUUUUGAAUAAUGUGCAGCUGGCACCAUCAAAGUUCUCACAGCAUCGCACAGGUCAUAAAAACUUUCAUUCAAUUUCUUACAUGAUGGAAACACCUCAAAUGUGAAAUUGUGGUUGUUGUUUUUUUUUUUACAUUGACAGAAUACAGACAAAUAUUUGCGCUCCUUUGUAUUGGAAACACAGCUACUGUUAUAAAGCAAAUAACAAGGUAGAUAUAUAUUUUUCCCAGUCUGGGUUUUGCAUGGUGCCUCUACAACAGAUUUCUAUUUUAUCUCUAUUUCUGUGUUGACCAGUGGAGCCUCUUGAGGGCGCUAAUAGCUCUAUUCACUAUACAAUUGUUCCAUUUAACUGAGAAUGUGUGACUGUGAUUUUCAGGAACAUUACAUCAUUGUUGUCUAAAGCCCUACACACACACACACACGCAUGCACACGCACACACACCCACACACAAACGCUGCAUCUCUGGCAGCAGGUCUGAGGGCAGGGCAGACUGGGAUGUUUCGUUUUGCACCUUUAGCGUAAAGUUCUGCUCUUCUGAAUCCGGGAGGUGGGGAGAGAUGUGGAGGAGGAGGAAGAGGAGAAAGAGGCUGGUCUGUCGGCUGCAGGAUUCCAUCACUCUUGGCAACCGUUGUUGAGUUUCCACGGAAACACUAAGCAAUGUUCCCUGCUUUCUCUUUUGUCCUCCUUCAUCACUCUCUGCUCUCUCUCUCGCUCUCUCUCCCUCCCUCUCUCCGUCCCGUCUUUAUCGCUGGUCGACCUCCCCCUUGCGUUGCCACGGCGAUGCUCGGAGUCCGCCGCAGUGUUGGAGCGCAGAGUUGAACUGAUCGCCUUCCUUUUGCUGUUUGUUCUUUCCUCUUUAAAGAAAAAAAAAUUGUUUGUUUAUUUUGCAACCUCUCACCCAACCUCCCCACCGGGCAAAGGGCAACCGUUUGGACCGUCUUGCAGAGUGACAUCAGAGGAAGUUGGACGAAGUUGGAAAAACUCUUGUACUCUUCUUCUUCUUUUUCAAUCUGCGUUGAUGUGUUCUCCACUCCGGCGCUCUGAGACGCCUUUGCGGGGACCAAACUCCACUCUGUGAACACUUCUGGAGAAAAAGACAAAAAAAACAAAAACCUCACAGAGAGAGAUGAGUGAUGAGGCGGAGGAGGCGCAGCUCCCUGUGGGGGUGACGGAAACUGAGGAGGAGCAACAGGAGGGUGGACUUUUCCAGGAGUUGUUGGAGGAACAAGAGGAGCGGGAAGAGGUGGAGGAGGUGAAGAUGUCACUCAUGGAGGAGAUGCAGCAGGAGGUGCAGCCAUGCGAGGUCGAGGAGGAGCAGCUGCAGGAGGAAGAGGAGGAGGAGGAGGUGCAGGGUGAGGAGAUGCUACAGGCUGAGCAACAGCAGCUGCAGGAAGACGAGGGGAAGCACACCGAGGAGGUGCAAGACUUUGUUGACACUCUGGAGCAGAACCACAACAACCAGGUCCUGAUCCGACUCAGAGGAAUGCAGAAAUACAAAAUUACAUCACAGAGGCUGAAGGCAGCCCUGGAGCAGAUGGACCGGGGCGUCGUGGACCUGCAGGAGCUCCGCAGGAACCUGGAGCUGGCGGCGGCCAUGUUGGACGCCGUUUACACGGACGAGACCAGGCGCCUGCUGGACACGGAGGACGAGCUCAGUGACCUGGAGGCGGAGUCCGUGCCGAGCGAAGUGCGCGAUUGGCUGGCAUGCACUUUCAGCAGGAAGAUGGGCGUGGCCAAGCGGCGUCCCGAGGAGAAGCCGAGGUUCAGGAGCAUCGUUCACGCGGUGCAAGCCGGAAUCUUUGUGGAGAGGAUGUACAGACGGACUUCUAACAUGGCUGGGCUGACCUACCCUCCCACAGCUUUGACAGCUCUCAAGGAGGUGGAUCAGUGGUCCUUUGACGUUUUUGCCUUCCACGAGGCCACUGGAGAACACGCCCUCAAAUUCCUGGUGUAUGACCUGCUGACCCGCUAUGACCUCAUCAACAGGUUCAGGAUCCCUGUGCAGGCUCUGGUGCAGUUUGUUGAGGCUCUGGAGAACGGCUACAGCAAACACAGGAACCCCUACCACAACCUGAUCCACGCCGCCGACGUCACGCAGACCGCCCACUUCCUGAUGCUACACACCGGACUGAUGCACUGGCUAAGUGAGCUGGAGAUCCUUGCCAUGGUUUUUGCUGCAGCGAUCCAUGACUUUGAACACACGGGAACCACAAACAACUUCCACAUCCACACCAGGUCGGAGGUCGCCAUCCUGUACAAUGACAGGUCGGUGCUGGAGAACCAUCACGUCAGCGCCGCCUACAAGCUGAUGGCCGAGGAGGAUAUGAACAUCCUGGUCAACCUGAACAAAGAAGACUGGAGGGAGCUGAGGGCUCUGGUGAUAGAGAUGGUGAUGUCCACAGACAUGUCCUGCCACUUCCAGCAGAUCAAGACCAUGAGGAACGCCCUGACACAGACAAACGGUAUAGACAAAGUGAAGGUUUUAUCUCUGAUGCUUCACGCAGCAGACAUCAGUCAUCCGGCCAAAGCUUGGCCGCAGCAUUACCACUGGACUCACAGCCUGAUGGAAGAGUUCUUCAGACAGGGAGAUAAAGAGGUGGAACUCGGUCUUCCUUUCUCUCCCCUCUGUGACCGUAAAGCCACCAUGAUCGCCCAGUCACAGAUAGGUUUCAUAGACUUUAUCGUGGAGCCCACUUUCACUGUCCUGGUUGACACAACAGAGAAGGUGAUCGGACCUCUGAUAGAAGAAGACAGGAAGGCCAAAGAGAGUGGAAACAGAAGGUCCAGCCUAACAGGAAGCGGUUCAGUCACUGUGGAGGCGGUGCAAAGACACAGCAGUAAUCGCCAUGGAAACACAGACGACGGACAGAUGAACUUUUCCCUGACAGCCAUUGACCUGCACGCUCUGAGGCACCACCUCUCCAGCGUCAUCGCCAGCAACAAAGAUCGAUGGAAGGAGUUGUCUGUGCACGAGCUGGCCAAGAAGGAGAAAGAGGAGACCGAGGCCAAGGACGAAGGUGAAGAAGACAUCGGCUCAGGCGUCCAGUCCCAGGCCUCGCCCGGCCGCGGCGUCGCAGAUCCGUCGCAGAACUCAGACGAUUGUGCUCCAGCUGAAAAGUGUGAUGAUAAAUCUCCUGACCACACGGCUGCGGAUCACCUGACCUGGAACGGGGCCGAGGAGGACGAGGAGGACGACAAAGUGCCUGAAAAUGCCUGAUGACCCGAAACUACCAGUCCUCUAUUAAUCUCUGGCAGAUCACCAUGGCAACAGGCAGCUCGGUUGCAGUAACCACUAGGGUUUAGACUCUUCUGUGUAAAGAAGCUGACUCAGUGGCCCCUCGGUGGCCCUCAGAGGGCCCCCAGAUUAUCUGUUUACAAGUGAAUGUGGAUAAAUCAUACUUUGCAGUGACCACUCCCCUCACCAUCAGAUCAUGGCUUCUUAGCAGCUUCCUGGUUCAUUUUCUGUCAGGCUCAGAGGGAAAAAGUCUGGAGAAACCAAAGAGUGUGUGGUGGUGGGCGAUUUCGCGUUCACGAUUACCGUCGUUUAUCAGGAUGAGUGAAACACGAAGCUGUUAAGAAGCAGCUGUGGCGGUGGCUUCGGCAGGUGUGUAGUUUUGUUUAGACGCCUUCAGUAAUCCCUGGUGUCGCUGCUGCUCUGCUCUCUGCUCCAGCGUCUCGUUCUCAGGCAUGUCGCCAUCACCCGACACACCUCCGCGUCUGUGACGGAGGUUCUUGUUGUUGAGAUGCUCGUUGAAUCAAAGUAUUGAAGUGGAUGCAAUUAUGCUGACGCAAACAAGCUUUUAAACUCCUUCCACUUUACCUGAGCUCCAUUUCAAUAUUGUGCAGAAACGUUGGUCCUCUAAUUCGAUUAAAAAAAUAAAUAUUGUAACUCAUAUCUCCCAAGUACCUUCAAAGAGUCGUUGAGAAUGUAGGACCGGCUCCCGACAGUGAUGCUAUGCUGACAAUUCAACUUCCUGGCAGCAGAGAUGAUAUUUCACAAUAACAUGUCCUGGAUGUCGCCAUCACUUCUUGAAAAGCGCCACUCAUCCACCUCCUUUGCUUUUGCCGCUCGUCUUUAGAGGUCUUUCUGGCAGUGUGGUCCGACACGGUGAAGUCUGAGGUUUGAUACUUCGAUGGCCGUAGUUUUAACUUCCGCAUUCGUUCUUUGGUCCUGCUCUGCAUCCAUGAAGCCCACUUUUCAACUCCUCUGGGAUUUGGUGUGAAAUCUGAAACUCGGUGUAAAUGUAAAGUAAAUGUUGCCUCCAAUAAUCUCCAUCUGAUGAAAAUCACAAAAGAUAAACAAAAUGUUAUUAAUAUAACAAACCAUGCACAUGUGUAUCGGAGAUGUUUUUGUCUUAUUGACAAGACAAAGCUUCCAGGAGAAUGUCCAUUGGAAUUUGAGCUUUUUCACAGGACAAAUGUCCAGACACACAAACAUGAAGCAGACCUAGAAAAGAGCGCAGCCUCUGCUGUCGAACAUAGAGGAGGCUGGGUUUUGUUCUCGGGCUGCUUUGCUUUGCUUCCUCUGAAAUCUGUGCAGAAUAAAAUGAAAUCUGAGGGGAGCAUUCUGGAGAGAAACACACUGCCUGGUGUCUUCCAACAAAACAGUGACUCAAAACACAGCUAAAAACUCCCAAGAAUGGCUAAGAGCAAAACACCGGACUGUUCUGAAUUGUCCUUCUGCCGUCAAUAGGAGCUGAAACAUGUCAUCUGGUGAAGACGCCCUUCAGACCUCAGUUUGCCCUGGAGUGGGGCAAAGUCCCUGUUGACAGGUGCAGAAGCCUCACUGACACUCACAGUGAUGGAUUGCAGUUAUCACCUUGAAAAGUUGAACAACCGAGUAUUAAGUUAGAGGUACCAUCCUUUUUGUCCGGGCACGUUGCACUAGUUGGCGUUUUAAAAUGAUUCUGCUGAAACACGAUUGAGAAGAAAUGUCUGAUUGUCAGUGGUUCAUUUUCCAGGAAUUUUAUUUAUUAUUUUAGUCUGUUUCAAGUUUUCUCAGUGACCUUUGUGGGCUUUUCAUUCGUGUCCUUUAAAAGUUGUUCUUAAGCUCAGCAGCGUUUUCAGAUGACACAUCGGUUUUUGUUUUAUGUUUCAUGUCCUAAGAUGUUGUUUCAUUUCUGCUUCCCUUCACCUGCUUUCACUUGACGCUUGCUUUCCCAAAAUUCAUUCUCUACUUUAUUAUCCAGAGUACCAGGGGUUACUUUGUCCUCUCUUCUCAUCUCCAUGGUUUCCUUCUGUGUUUCUUUUAUUUAAAUUGUCUCUCAUUCAGAUGUUCUUCAUGGACUUUCUGCAUCUGUCUUUGUUUCAGUUAAAAUAAAAACUUCUCUGUGAUUGGA